GUACGCAUUGCAUUACGUUUAUGGUUUGGGUCGAGUUGGGCCAAACUACGGGGGCUAGGCUACGGCGGGAUCUUCCGAACCCGACCGACAUACCGACGUAUGACUCCUGUUCGUGCGGAGAGCUAGCUACAUCAGAAUGGCCAAUAAUAGGAGGAUUGGGAUUGUUGGAUUUGGACAUUUAGGACAGUUUUUGUUCAAGUCGAUACAAGAAAGUGAAGACUUCGACAUUGCCUUCGUUUGGAACAGAACGGCAUCAGCUUUGAAGGAAUCGGUUCCACAGCAAUACAUCCUGGAAGAUCUUGCAGGAUUUGCAGAAAGAAAGCCAGAUCUCAUUGUUGAAGUUGCUCAUCCAUUGAUAUCCAGCCAAUAUGGAGAGGCAUUUCUAGCAGUAGCUGAUUACAUGGUGGGGUCACCAACAGCAUUGGCUGACCAGGAAGUAGAAGAUAAGCUCAAGGAAGCUGCAAAGCAUCAUGGGUUAUACAUUCCAAGUGGUGCAUUCUGGGGAGCUAAUGACAUUCAGAAAAUGGCGGACAGGGGAACAUUGCAGGGUUUAACAGUUACAAUGAAGAAGCAUCCCAGCAGCUUUAAGUUGGGCAGUCCAUUAAAAGAGAAAAACGAUAACGCACUGGAUGUUGGCGAGACAGUACUAUAUGAAGGUCCUGUACGUGGUUUGUGUCCCUUGGCUCCAAACAAUGUCAACACUAUGGCAGCAGCAGCUAUUGCAGCACACAAUCUUGGCUUUGAUAAAGUAAAAGGAAAACUAGUCGCUGACAAAAGUCUAACAGAUUGGCACAUUGUUGAGGUGGAUGUGACAGGGCCCGGUAGUGUUGAGGCAGGAAAUGCAUUCACAGUCUCCACAGUUAGGAGAAACCCGGCGCAGGUUGGCAAAGUCACUGGGAGUGCAACCUAUGUUUCAUUUUUAAGCAGUAUGCAAAGGGCACGUGACAGAGGUCCAGGAGUCCACUUGUGUUGAUGAUGACCCAGCAAUUCUGUAUGACUGAAACACCUUGAUGACAACUGUCUCCUGAAAUCUAAGCCUCACUUUUGGACUUCAAUAAAAUGCAGUAAAUGUUACUUUUUUUUAGUUGCUCACGAACAGACACACAAACAAAUGCAAUAUAAGCGUUAGAGGUCACCAUCCCUACACUUCCUUAGGUGAUGAACUUUAAGGCACUGGACACUAUUGGUAAUUGCUCAAAAUAAUCGUAAGCUUAAAAACUUAAUUGGUAACGAGCAAUGGAGAGCUGUUCUCCACCCAAUCUCUAUCAUAUCUGGUUGAACUUUUUCAUUCCCACAACUCCAAUACUGCUAAUGCAUACAGGCAACGACUCCGCUCAUCAGCUGAUCAGACCCGGCUUUCCGUUCCUAGAACUAGACGGAAAGCUGGGGAUAGCUCAUUCUCCA